AUGUUUUGCACCCUUGAAGAUUGUUUGAGGUGUGCAAUAUCCUUACUGAAAGUUGAGGCGUAUCUAUCGUGGGAUACUUUAAGCAUGGUGACCUUAAAUGAUCGGGUCAGUUGGGACUUCUUCCAGAAUGAAUUCAAGAAAAAGUAUGUUAGUCAGCUGUUCAUUAACCGGAAAAAGAAAGAGUUUCUUGAGUUAAAACAAGGAAACCAGACUGUAAUUGAGUAUGAACGUGAGUUUGUGCAGUUAAGCAAGUAUGCUCGUAACAUUGUAUCAAAUGAGGAGGAAAUGUGUCUUAGAUUUAAAGAUGGGUUGAAUGAUGAUAUCCGUAUGGCUGUAGUAGCAUUAAAUUUACAAGAAUUUGUAGAACUAUUAGAGCGAGUUCAACAAGUUGAAGAAAUUUGUAAAAACAAAUGA